AUGGCACAGAGAGUUUGGGAAUCACCUGGGUCCACCUCAUGGUGGGACAAGGGCCCCAGCCAACCAGCGAACCCCCAGCAGCUUCGUGGACCAGCGUCGCAGGCCCGCUUUGCCCUCCCUCGGCGGCGCGGGGGCUACUUCGGGUCUCGGCGGAGACACCGCACCCGGGCGGGCGAGCAGGACGCGCCGCGCUCGGGGCAGACGCCGCGGGGCCUCCCCGCUGCCGCGUUCGCCCACCUCCGCCGGGCACCCGCGGUGCCCACUCAGCGCGCAUCUGCAGGUGCCCGGCCGCGGCCCCCGCACUCGCCCGACCCUGGCGCGCACACGUGGGGGCCACGUGCCCGCAGCCCUGUCGCGCGCUCGCGGGGCCGCGCCGGAGAAAGCACAGAGCUGCUGCCAGGGCCCGGGACCCGGGUGCUGCCCGCAUGCAGUGGCCCGGGCCUGGCGCGCCCAGGUCCCCACGACCUCGGCGAGAGGAAGAGGCCUGCUCCGGGGCUGGAGACACGUACCUGUGCAGCGAGGAGCCUCAGCGCUGGCUGCCGCCACCCCGCGCGUCGCCUGCACCCUCCUACAGCUGGCAUGCAGCAAACGGGGCCCCAGGCCAGGCGCCUGCCAGGAAGAGCUGCAGUCGUGCAGACUUGUCCCGGAGGUAAACCCUCCCUGCCCCCACUACCAGCUGUCCCCGGGACAGAUUCUAGAGUUGCCAGCAUGGGCUCCGACUGGACCUGGCUGCGAAAGGACAAGGGUCCGUCUCCAGCCACAUCCUCAACCCCCAGGUGGGAAGCCGAGAGAAGAGCCCAUGAAGCGAUCUUUCUGUACUCUCCACGUCUGUAAUCCCCAGCGCAGGACAUCAGCAGCCACUCAGUAAAUGUGGUGCCGCCUUGCGCUCUGGGCCUCUCUCCACCCCCCUCUGCACUUAGGUUUGCUGCCUACUGGGUCCCUGCUUUGGGGGGUCCCCAGGCCUGAGUGUGCUUGAGGCAGGGGUUACCAGGGACAGCACAGAGGUAGAUAUUAUUACUAUCCCCAUUUUACACAUGGGGGAAUGAGGCGUGGAGAGGUCAAGGUCACACAGGUAUUAAGUAGAGGCACUGAGACUCAAAUCCAGGCAGGUGAGUCCAGAGCCCUCACCACCACCUGCAUCCAAUCCCAAGCCACCCUUAGCUGUUCCCUCAGUACCUUCUCCCUUUCACAUCUGUACACCCUUACUCCCACCUGUGUCCCUGCCCACUCAAAAGAACACCUGACCGCCAUCUCCUGAACUCCUGCCCCAGUUUUAAGAGGUGAAAGUCACCUCCCCUAUCCAGUCUUCUUGGGUGCCCCAGGCAAUCUGUGCUGAGCACCCAUCCCAGCAUUUGCACCAUCUGCCAGGGUCACUGGCACACAGCCGACCCUCUGCAGGGCCCUCAUUCUGCACCCAGUGCCUGGCUCAGAGCAGAGCACCCCAUUCCUGCUUGUGAAACGAGUGUCUGAGAUGGUCACUGCAGGAAUCUGAAGAAACUUUGGUGUCAGGACAGUUGGUUGGGGGCACGGUUUAGGGGCAGAGGGCAACUGGAGAGCAGGCAGGAGAGGUAAAGAGAGAGCUCAGUGUCACCCUCUGCGGACCCCUCUGGGAGGCCCAAAGCUCCGCACUCUGGCCCUUGUGAGUCUCUGGAAGGAAAUGGACAGUGGGCAAGAGGACAGAUGUUAACCCUGCAGGGGAGGCAGCGGGAGGCAGAAGGAGUGUGAGCAGGGACUUUGCUUUUCCUACUGGGCAAAUGCCCAACAACCUCCCAGCAAGCUCUUCUCAGAGGCUACAUCAGCCUCUUGUACUGGUCCUCAGUUUGAAAUUCCUGCUUCUUGCAAAAUCUUUACAAAUGGAGUUUUAUGGAUGAAUAUUCAUGCCAUAAAAAUGCACAUAUGGUUUUUAAAAAUUGCCAAACUGGAAGUAGUUAAGAGUUUGGCUUUGAAAGCCAAAGGGUCUUGAGUUUGUA